AGGCUGGGCCGCAAAAGCGAGGGCUUAUUGCGCACCGUGCGACGCCGUGCUGACUAAACCGACAUCGUUUAUCGAAAGCUUACCUCAGCGUGUGGGCCUCCUCUGCAAACCAGACUCUCGGAGGACGCGUAAGCGCCGCAAAAGCCCUGUCUAGCUCUGCAGCGAGCACUGCUAUAGCGCGGGACUUGUAGCGACGCGCGGCCGUCACUGGUGCUGCUACGGGACCGCCUUGCACCUAGAGAGACGAGAGAUCGUCAACUUGAGACGCACGCACGCAAACUAUUCGAGCGCUCACCGCACUGCGAGACGCGCCGCUCACCCACCCCCAAUAACGCAGGUCGCCACCAUGGGCGUCAUCAAGAGCGGCAAGGUCGUCAUCGUCCUGCAGGGACGGUUCGCGGGCCGCAAGGCUAUUGUGGUGAAAGCCUACGACGAUGGCAAUGCGGAGCGGCGAUUCGCGCACGCGAUGGUUGCGGGCAUCGACCGCGCGCCCCGGAAGGUGACGCGGAGCAUGUCCAAGGAGAAGAUCCAGAAGCGCACGAAGAUGAAGCCCUUUUUGAAGUACGUCAACUACACGCACCUCAUGCCCACGAGAUAUGUGGUCGAUCUUGAUCUGAAGAAGAUCGUGGACGAGAGCGGGCUCAAGGAGGGCAAGGCCGAGGCGCGCAAGGCCAUCAAGAAGGUCUUCGAGGAGCGGUACCACCAGCAGUCGUCGGCGAAGAAGGAGAAGAAGGCCGCGGGCACGAUGUACUUCUACAAGAAGAUGGCGUUCUAAGUUAUGUUUCCUUAA